UGUUACAAGAUUGAGAAUGCCGUAGUGUAUGUAUACUAUUGUACAACUUGUUUGUUUCAUUGUACAUGACUACAUGCAAUUUAUUUGUUGGAAGAGAUGUCAAGACUAAUUAAUAAACCUAUAAGUGAUGGUAAUUUAUUUGUUGAAGGAUCAUAGUUUUUUUUAGUUUGUGGUGACAUGUUGGCCUUUUUUGUUUGGAGAACAUAUACUUUUUGUCAUGAUGUUUCUAAUGCAGUGAACUCCGUCUAUGUUUAUAGCCGGUCCCAAGCCCGGGUAAAGGAGGAGGGUUGUGUUAGGCCAUCAACAGCCAAUGUAAAAAUUUGUUGAAUCUAUCAUGAACAUGGACAAUAGACAUUGUAAAUUUGGUAAAGGACUAUUCGAAAAUAAUUUGGAAGUGAAAUUGGGAGAUCAAAUUAUACCUCAAGUGGAAAAGUUUAGAUAUUUGGGAGCCAUUAUUCAAAAUGAUGGCGAAAUCAGUGGAGAUAUUUCACAUAGAAUUCAAGCUGGGUGGUUUAAUUGGAGAAAAGCUAAAGGAGUUAUUUGUGACCGUAAGGUGCCUAAUAAACUUAAAGGAAAGUUUUAUCGUACUGCUAUCAGACCGGCAAUGUUAUAUAGUAGUGAAUGCUGGGCUCUAACGGGAUAGCAAGAGCAUAAAGUUGGAGUAGCAGAGAUGAGAAUGUUACGAUGGAUGUGCGGACAUACACGUAAAGAUAAAAUUCGAAAUGAGCACAUACGUGAAAAAGUGAGGGUGGCACCUAUUGAGGAAAAAAUGGUAGAAAAUCGGUUGAGAUGGUUUGGGCAUGUACAAAGAAGACCAAGGGAGGCACCAGUGAGAAGAGUGGAACAUAUAACUUUGAGUCCGACUAAGAGAGCGGUUUUGCUUUUCCCAUCAGUCCUGCCUAGACUGUAAUCCAUGGCAUCAGAAGGUGGUCUAAUCAGGGCACAUUCUAUGAGAUCGACAGUGGCACCAGAGGAUUCCAAUGUGAAUCAACAAGACAUUGAUCAAUCAGAGGUCGAAUUCAGUGAUUUUCAACCAGGCCUCGGCAAGCAAGCUGCCAAACUAGGGGAUAUGGUCAGAAUCAAGUAUCAAGAGUUAAGUAAUACUGGUAAAGUUAAAGUUGAAAAGGGCCCUGUGACACUGAAAUUGGGAGAAAACAAAUAUGGCCAGGGAAUUGACCAAGGGAUCAUUGGAAUGAAGUCGGAUGGGGCUAGAAACUCAAAAUCCCCCUAGAUCUUUGGCCCCCAAGCAAAUGGCGACUUUUGAAGCAAAAGUUUGGCCUGGGCUCCAAGGGUAAAAAGAAAUUUCGUGUGUACCUUCUGAAAGUGGGGUAGGAACUUCAGAUUUCAUGACCAUUGGGAUAUGGGCACUUUCUCUCACAAUUGUUGGAAUUCAAUUGCGGCAGUGCUGAAUUUUGUUAUGAGUCUCUCUUGAAUUUUUAAUUGGAUUUACUAUUGAUACUUUGUUUUAGAUUAGCCCUUGUUUAAAUAUACUAGUACGCUUCAUAUUGUUUUGUUUGUAUUGACAUUUGUAUUUUAUUCUAUGUAUUAUGAUUCUGUUAUCUUGGACUAUAUUUUCGUCAUGUACUUCAAAUUGUCAAGACUUGGAUGAAACCAAUGUUCAUGUUAAUAUAGAUAUCAUUGCCUUAGGCCCACCUAAGGAUUGUAUGUGCCACCAUCAGAUUGAGAACGUUGAAUUUCUACUAAGAAUGAAUAUUUGGCAUCAUAUAUUGGUUGAUGUUAAUUAUGUUAGUAAGGUCCUAUGAUCUAAAAAUAUGCAUGUAGAUGUCACUACAGAGUCAUUUAAGGAGCAUUAUUGCAAUGAAAUUGUCUUUGCAUGUUUUGGAUUAUGAAUAGAAUUGAUUAUUGAGAUAGUGCUAGGAUUGGUCGAGAAAAUU